UUUUUAGGCACCAAGUCACACUGUAUACCCUAUUACAAAAUGAACGAGCUUCAUUCCCUAGCUUACACUAGUAGCCUCUAUGGUUCUUCCCUAGGUUGGGAUUGUCACAACCUUGGAGUUCUCAACGCGGACAAAAUGUCUUUAAUGCCUGCGAUGGAGGGAAGUACACCAUCAUUCUCACCUCAACAUUCUGAUUUCUCAACUGGGUAUCUUGAAGAUGCUUUGAUCGAAUCAUGUGAGCGUUCCAAACGUAGACGCUUGCUUCCAUUUGCUGCUGAUGAACUUAGCAAGAGUUCCAUUGAAGAUCUUGAGCAGAGUUUCUUGAAUUUCAACCCCAUAUGGCACCAGCCACUAGAGAACUUCAACUUCUACUGCAUGAACCAGAUAGAAAGGAUUUGUGGUUUUUCAGAUGAGCAUAUAAGCACACUGAGGAGUAGAAUCAGCGAGGAACCAAACAUUCUUGUAGAAGAAACAAAAACACCAGAAGAGACAAUGUCAGCCUCCGAGUCUCCAAAUUCAUACUCAUCUUCAUACAAACAACCAAUUACAUCCAAGAUCACAGACCCCACAGUUACCCCAUCAGGCAAUGAAGAGAAGAGACAGAAUAAGGUGAUAACAAGAGUGGUGUAUCCAUUUGCAAUGGUGAAGCCAGGUGGCAGAGAAGGUGAUGUGACCUUGAAUGACAUAAAUGAGAGGAUCCUAAUGCCUCCCACAAGGCCAGUGAGGCAUCCAGUUGGGGACUUUGCAUGUCGGCCAUGCGUGUCCACAGAGGGUCCAGGCCUUUCAGGGAAAGCAGUGGUGGCCCUUACUAGAAUUCACACUCAGGGAAGAGGCACAAUCACUAUUAUCAGAACCAAAGGCUAAGCAUAACCAACCAAUAUGCAUCACUCUUAUGGCUUUUACUUCAUGCAGCUUUUUGCCCCUCAUUUGCUUUGUUUUCAUCACUCCUUCUUCCAAUUGUAAAGAUGGAAAGCGAUAUCCAUGUAUGUGC